ACUUAUGUGAGCUGAAACAACAUGAGAGAAUACACACCGGGGAGAAGCCUUACCACUGCUCCCAGUGUGGAAAGAGUUUUAACCAGAAAGGAAACCUGAAAACUCAUGAGAGAAUACACACAAGGGAAGGGAAGCCUUACCGCUGCAUGCAGUGUGGAAAGAGUUUUAACGAUUUGGGGAAGCUGGAACGGCACGAGAGAAUACACAGAGGGGAGAAGCCUUACCACUGCUCCCAGUGUGGAAAGCGUUUUAACGAUUUGGGGAAGCUGGAACGGCACGAGAGAAUACACAGAGGGGAGAAGCCUUACCACUGCUCCCAGUGUGGAAAGGGUUGUAACAAUUUGGGGACGCUGAAACGACACGAGAGAAUACACACAGGGGAGAAGCCUUACCACUGCUCCCACUGUGGAAAGCGUUUUAACGAUUUGUGGAAGGUGAAACGACAUGAGAGAAUACACACAGGGGAGAAGCCUUACCACUGCUCCCACUGUGGAAAGUGUUUCAACCAGUCAGGGGAGCUGAAACGACAUGAGAGAAUACACACAGGGGAGAAGCCUAUGCACACAGGGGAGAAGCCUUACCACUGCUCCCACUGUGGAAAGUGUUUUGUCCAGUCAGGGGAGCUGAAACGACAUGAGAGAAUACACACAGGGGAGAAGCCUUACCACUGCUCGCAAUGUGAAAAGAUGUAUAGGCAGAAAGGACACCUAAAAGCUCAUGAGAAAAUUCAUACUGGGGAGAAGCCUUACCAAUGCUCCCAGUGUGGAAAGUGUUUCACCUGGGCAGGGUAUCUGAAAAAACACGAAAGAAUACACACAGGGGAAAAGCCUUACCCCUGCUCCCAGUGUGGCAAGUGUUUCAAUGAGACAGGGGAUCUGAAAAAACACGAAAGAAUACACACAGGGGAGAAGCCUUACCCCUGCUCCCAUUGUGGCAAGUGUUUUAACCAGUUAGGGGCCCUGAAACAGCACAAGAGAAUACACACAGGGGAGAAGCUUUACCACUGCUCCCAGUGUGGCAAGUGUUUUAACCAGUUAGGGACCCUGAAACAGCACAAGAUCAUACACACAGGGGAGAUGCAUUACCACUCCUCCCAGGGCGCAAAGCAUUUGCCCAUUGGUUGUAACCACUUAUUUGAGCUGAAACAACAUGAGAGAAUACACACUGGGGAGAAGCCUUACCACUGCUCCCAGUGUGGAAAGAGUUUUAACCAGAAAGGAAACCUGAAAACUCAUGAGAGAAUACACACAAGGGGGAAGCCUUACCGCUGCAUGCAGUGUGGAAAGAUUUUUAACGAUUUGGGAAAGCUGGAACGGCACGAGAGAAUACACACAGGGGAGAAGCCUUACCACUGCUCCCAGUGUGGAAAGCGUUUUAACGAUUUGGGGAAGCUGGAACGGCACGAGAGAAUACACAGAGGGGAGAAGCCUUACCACUGCUCCCAGUGUGGAAAGGGUUGUAGCGAUUUGGGGACGCUGAAACGACACGAGAGAAUACACACAGGGGAGAAGCCUAUGCACACAGGGGAGAAGCCUUACCACUGCUCCCACUGUGGAAAGUGUUUCGUCCAGUCAGGGGAGCUGAAACGACAUGAGAGAAUACACACAGGGGAGAAGCCUUACCACUGCUCGCAAUGUGAAAAGAUGUAUAGGCAGAAAGGACACCUACAAGCUCAUGAGAAAAUUCAUACAGGGGAGAAGCCUUACCAAUGCUCCCAGUGUGGAAAGUGUUUCACCUGGGCAGGGUAUCUGAAAAAACACGAAAGAAUACACACAGGGGAAAAGCCUUACCCCUGCUCCCAGUGUGGCAAGUGUUUCAAUGAGACAGGGGAUCUGAAAAAACACGAAAGAAUACACACAGGGGAGAAGCCUUACCCCUGCUCCCAUUGUGGCAAGUGUUUUAACCAGUUAGGGGCCCUGAAACAGCACAAGAGAAUACACACAGGGGAGAAGCUUUACCACUGCUCCCAGUGUGGCAAGUGUUUUAACCAGUUAGGGACCCUGAAACAGCACAAGAUCAUACACACAGGGGAGAUGCAUUACCACUCCUCCCAGGGCGCAAAGCAUUUGCCCAUUUAGGAAGCCUGAAAGAACAUGAGACACAGAGGAGAAGGCUUUACAGAAGAUUCGAUUUUGGGAAAACAUAUUACUCAUAACAGUCACGUAAACAUCAUUAGAGAAUCUACACAGGAGAGAGAAAUUACUUCUCUUAGCAUGUAUAUUGAUAUUUCACAUCUCAUUGACUCACAACUCAUCAGAGAACAUACACAGUGCUCCCAUUGUCUUAUAUUGUUGACUGAUAAUGUGUUGACCUGUUUUUACCAGAUGAAAUUGCUUCUUCCAGUUAUUGAUAAACAUGUACAUGUUAAGAAACUGACUGUUAGAACUGUUAAGGCUCCAUGGAUUGAUGAGGAAUUUAAAAACUAUGUUUGAAAGAGUUGGGGCAAA